UUUUGGCUCACGUCGCUGUCAAACUCUUUCGUUCCGUCCGAGGGUUUGGUGUCUCCGUGGGUAGGGUUGCGCAGGUACCAAACUGCCUACCGGCUUCGCGAAGCCAAGUGAAAUUCUUUGGUCUCCUAGCAACGGGGGACCAGGGAAUUGCGGCGCUGGCACAGUUGCUGUGGCCCAAGACGGAACCUCCGCGCUCGGCCCAAACGGGAGCAGAAACCCAGAGCUUUGAAGAAUAAGCAGGAAAUGGCCGACGAGGCGGUGUUUUUGCUUCUCCAUAACGAGAUGGUGUCUGGAGUGUACAAGUCCGCGGAACAGGGGGAGGUGGAAAAUGGACGGUGUAUUACUAAGCUGGAAAACAUGGGGUUUCGAGUGGGACAAGGAUUGAUAGAAAGGUUUACAAAAGAUACCGCAAGGUUCAAGGAUGAGUUAGAUAUCAUGAAGUUCGUUUGUAAAGAUUUUUGGACUACGGUAUUCAAGAAACAAAUCGACAAUCUGAGGACAAAUCAUCAGGGCAUCUAUGUACUUCAGGACAACAAAUUUCGUCUGCUUACUCAGAUUUCUGCAGGAAAACAGUAUUUAGAACAUGCGUCUAAGUAUUUAGCAUUUACAUGUGGCUUAAUCAGAGGUGGCUUAUCAAAUUUGGGAAUAAAAAGUAUUGUAACAGCAGAAGUGUCUUCUAUGCCUGCCUGCAAAUUUCAGGUGAUGAUACAGAAGCUGUAGGAUAUACUGAAAUGCAAGACUUCAACAGUGUAAAGAGAUAAAUUAUUCAUGUAUAAAGUAUUUCAAGUAGCAAUGAUUUAAUUACAUUGUUGGGAGUUUGUAUUAAUAUAAGGUAUUUGCUAACUUAUAUGAUGAAGGAUGUACUCUUAACUGCUUAAGAGUAGGUUGUAUUUUAUCAAUUUAGCACAAACCAAGUUAAAACAGAUACAGUGUCAUCCCUCCAUGACAUAGUUUACUGAUAUAACUCAGAAUGAAAACCCAGUUUCAAAAUAACCAGACACUAAGACAUAGAACCCUUAUUUUAGACAUUUUUAUUUGCUUAUAGUAAUGUGUAUUUAACCACAGAUAGAGAAGCAAACUGAGUGUUGAGUUAGCAUAAAGAAAAGUAUGUACCGAUCCAGAUAAUUUGUGUAAGAAUUAGCAAGCAAUAAAGUGUCAAUUUGUUUUAGAUAUUAAAAAA